AUGGAUACUGCGGCUUCGAAUUUGGAUUGGAGGAAGCUGUUUGGUGGUGUUGAAGACCAAUCAUUAACCUACUUUCCGGCUGAGGUUUUGGAGGGAGUUUUUACCGUAAAGCCUCCGGUCGCCGUGAUUGAUGAGGGAAUAGCUGAGUGGCGUUAUGCGGUGGUGGGGCAAUUCAUUGGUGUGGCCCCUAAUUUUGGCUCGAUGCAGAAAACAAUUGAGAUUCUUUGGGGGAAGGCCUCGGCAGUCAAGGUAAGUUUUGCUGGCCCUAAUCUCUACGUUUUCUCCUUUUCGAAUGCUUCAAUUCGGGAUUGGGUGCUUGAUAACGGGCCUUGGCACAUUCAAAACAAGCCAUUGUUAUUGAGGAAGUGGGAGCCAAACUUGCAGAAGCUUAACCUUAACCUCAUGAGCAUUCCGAUUUGGGUACAACUUUAUAAUGUACCUUUGGAACUCUUCUCUAGGAAUGGCCUCAGCUAUAUUGCGAGUGUUGUGGGUCAUCCUUUGUACAUGGACUCUAUUACAGCAUCCAAGCAGAGGCUCGAAUAUGCUAAGGUUUGUGUGGAAAUAGGGGUAGAUACUGUCAUUCCUGAGAUUAUUCAUGUGGCAUUAAAGGAUGGCUCUAUUGCGAAGAUUCGGGUAUAUGUUCCUUGGUUGCCUAAGGUUUGCUCUCACUGCAAGAUAUUUGGGCAUUUUUCCAGUGCAUGUUCAGAGAAUCAUAAGGUUCCCUUAAAGGGUAAGGAUACUCAGAUUUGGAGGAGGAAAGUUGCUUCUGGCUCCUCUGUAGAUGAUGGACAGGAGAAGAAGCUGGUAGGCGAUUUGAGUCAUGCUAUCUCCUCUGGUUGUUCUACUGAAAUGAACAUUCAUGUAGGUGAUGAUACUGAGAGCUUGGGAUUACAAGUUGGUGCUGCUGUAGAGGUGACUGUGGAAGCUUUGCAAGAGCGCUCUGAGGAUAUUCCUCAGGAAGUUGCAAUUCCAACUAAGGCUGUUGUGGAGGAGGCUAAUCAGUCUGUUAAUGCUGAUGUUAGGGUGAGGACACAGGAAAUUGCAGCUCCUGAUAAGGCUAUUGUGGCUGGCACUAAGAUUCAACAGUUUGUUACUUAUGAUGCUAUGGUCCAGGCACAGGAUAUUAUAGUUCCAGCUGAGAUUGGUGAGGCUGAUAAGAAGAUGCAUCAAUCUGUUAUUACUGGUGCUGGGGUGAGGGUUGUAAAUGAGAAGAAAACAGAUAGUUUGAGUCAUGAUCAGAAUGCUGGUGACCUUCCCCCCUUGCAAGGCUCUAUUCCAAAAAAGAAUUCUAAAGGGAGAAAGAAAGACAACUCUGGCUCUUCUAGUAAGUUGGAGCAACUGGCUGGAGGAGCAGGAAUGGAAGGUAAUAGGAAGCCUAGAGCAGCUGCUUUGGGUGUUUCUUUGCUCCUCAAUGAGAUUAAGUCCAAGAAGAAAGAUAUGGUUGAAAAGGUUGUUGGUAAUGGUGGCCCUCCUAAUCUGACUUCAUGA